UUUCAUACGCGGUUGUUGUCUCGCUAGUUCAUCAUUUGCAAGAAAUGUCGUCUUUUCCUUCUCUUCAGGUUCAGGUGGCCUCCAUCUUGGAGGUUUUAGCGAAAACGGCAGUAGUAGAAAUUACUAAACUCGUCGACGAUGGGUCUGCUGUUUGGCGAUUGGACAUGUGCAGAAGCCAAAGAGAGAACGAAACGCUAAAUACGAAGUUACUGCUGAUGGAGGGAGAGCUCAGGGCUGUGCGAGGAUACGGAGAGGGCACUACAGGGGCAGCUGCAGCUAACGGUGGUGAAGGACCCCUCUGUAAGGAGGAGGAGCUGCACAUGCCACUCUGCCCUGCAGGAGACCCAGAAAAGGAGCUGCAAGCAGAACUCAAACAGGAGCCAGAGGAGCAGCCUUUCACCCCCACACUCCCCCUGCUGGAGUCUGCAGACUGGGGGAUGGAGCUCCAGGCUGUGUGGAGCGAGGCCAACGGCUUGGGAGUUGAUCAGGAACAAAACGGACAGUGUGGAGGAAGCUCGGAGCAUGGAGACACCCAGUUAGACGAUGACUUCUCUCCUCCACAUUACACAGAUUCUCAGAGGCCACGCUCGGAGAAGGACGAGGGGUCAGCAUCACACCUCCAGCAGAAACAAAAUGGCCGCCCCCUCGGCAAAGAGUGCUCUUAUGGGCUGCCUGAUGACAUUUCGGCAGAGAUGCUGUUCCCUCUGGGUUCUCCAGGAGAGUGUGAUGGAAGCGCCCCGUGUGAGGCGAGUUCUGACACGUCAGCAGAAGCAAAGAGUCCCUGCAGAACUGAGGGACAGGAGGAGGAGUUCAUCUGCACAUGCUGUGGGAAGACGUUCCCGGACGCUCUUGAACUGAAGACGCACGAGGAGCAGCACAGCGCGGGGAAACGGUUCAGCUGUUCAGAGUGCGGCAAGGGUUUCACUUCCUCCAGCGUCCUGGAGAAGCACGAGCAGGUUCACAGCAGGGAGAAACCGUUCUCCUGCUCUGUGUGCGGCAAGAGCUUCUCCCAGUCACACAUCCUCAAAGCUCACAAACACACUCACACAGGGCAGAAACCGUACGCUUGUGUCGGAAAACGCUUGAAAACGCUUGAAGCCCACCAGCGUGUUCACAGCAGAGAGAAACCCUUCACUUGUGAUCAGUGUGGAAAGUGCUUCUCCAUGAAGAGCAAUCUUAAGACUCACCAGGUGACUCACACAGGAGAGAAAUGCUUCAGCUGCACAGUGUGUAAUAAGAGCUUUGCCUAUCUCCAUGUUCUUAAGCGACAUCAGAGAAUCCACACAGGGGAAAAACCCCACUGCUGCAACGAGUGUGGGAAGAGCUUUGCCGGCCUAUGGCAUCUUAAAGCUCAUCAAAGCGUCCACACCAAAGAGAAACCGUUCAGUUGUGAGCAGUGUGGAAAGUGCUUCUCCCUGAAGAGCCACGUUAAAUAUCACCAGGUGACUCACACAGGAGAGAAAUGCUUCAGAUGCACAGUGUGCAAAAAGAGCUUUGCCUAUCUCCAUGUUCUUAAGCAACAUCAGCGAGUCCAUACAGGGGAAAAACCUUACUGCUGCAACGAGUGUGGGAAGAGCUUUACCCAACGAGGUAAUCUUAAAACUCACCAGAGGGUCCACACCAAAGAGAAACCCCACUGCUGCAACCAGUGUGGGAAGAGCUUUGCCCGACUAGAUCAUCUUAAAACCCACCAAAAGGUCCACAUGGGAGAGAAACCAUUUUGGGGAAAACCAUUCAGUUGCACACUGUGCAGGAGGAGUUUCUCCCAGAAUCGCACUCUUCAGAGACACGUACUUUCUCACAAUCAGGACUCCAGACUAACAGCAUCCCAACGUCCCGGGGCGAUAAAUAAUGUUUUCGGGACAAACUGA